UUUCUUUAUGCUUUAUGUUAUUUAGUUUGUUCUGGUUUAUCCGAUGAAUGAUCUGGAAAAGUGAUUAUUCGCGUUUCUUUCAGCACGCGAGGGAGCUUGCUAAAAGUUUAAAAAGCGUUAUUUAUCAAAACCCGACCCUCAUUAUUUAUUUUUCUCAAGAGAAGAUAAUUCCGAGACAUGGUAAAUGUCACAAAAGGCAUUCUAGUUGAAUGUGAUGCAGCUAUGAAACAGUUUCUCCUACAUUUGGAUGAAACAUCUGCACUGGGAAGAAAGUUUAUAAUUCAAGAUCUGGACGAGAGACACCUAUUUAUAUCUGCUGAUAUAUUAGACACUUUGCAAGCAAAAGUGGAUGAUCUAAUGGAUCAAAUAUCAUUCACAUAUGCAGAAAAAUAAACAAAACAAAAGAAGAUAUAUAAAAAUUUAUACUU